UGAUCUGAACUAAAACAUGAUGAAGCACACAAGCCAUUGGUGCCAGGCUACUCCAUCAGUAACUGUCGGAGUCAAACCCAGCAGUACGAACCCUCUCCAAAUCAGAAGAGGACUCCGUCUCAAAAGAACCAACGACCAUGACGGCCAGGGCCCGCUGGGGAAAAGCCAGCCCAGCCAGCGGCGGGAUGCCAACGUGGUCAUACCCCCAACUAUUGUCAUCCAACGGCAGGAAAUGGCCUCUUUUUUUAGACUUCUUGAUGACAACGUGAUCCAUGACUUUCUGUUUAUGGACUGUUGCUGUAAAAUGGCUGACAAGUACCUUCUAGCCAUGACAUUUGUGUACUUCAAACGGGCUCACUUUACCAUUCCUGAAUACACCAGGAAGAAUUUUUUCAUUGCACUGUAUCUUGCCAACACCAUGGAGGAGGAUGAAGAGGAGAGUAAAUAUGAGAUUUUUCCAUGGGCGCUGGGCAAGAACUGGAGGAAGCAGUUUCCUCGCUUCCUCAAGCAGCGAGACAAGCUGUGGGCUCGCGUGGAGUACAGAGCUGCCGUCAGCAGGCGCUGCUGCGAAGAGGUGAUGGCCAUCGUGUCUGCUCACUGUGUGUGGAAGCGCGAGCGGUCAGAGCACCACAGCGGGGCCCAGCGGCAGUACGGGGACCGAGGCCUGACCCGGAUCCCCCGCGGGCCCUCCUCCUCCCCGUUCUCCUGUGCCCUCUGUGACCGCAGCGCCAGGUUAGAUCCAGGCCCAGGAGCCUCUUCUCCUUUCAAAGCGUCUUCUGCACAGUCCCCAAAGCCCGCCUUAUCACACCCAUUCACCAUGGCUCUGAGUCUGGAGAUCACCCCCCCCAGGGCGGCCGGCUCUCGCAGGAAGGCGAUGGAGACGAAGGUCCAGGCGCAGCAUUCCUUCUGCUGCUGUGCGGAGGAGGUUCCCAGUAGGUAUUUAUUUUCCCGAAAAGUGAAAUGA